GUCUUCCGUUCUGUUCCGAUGCCAUUUCCAUAGUUACGAACCAGCUGACUCUGUAUUCCGGAAACAGUCAUCGAACUGAAAUAUCCCAAACCGAAGGGUAGCUAACAAGCGAGGACAUAAUUCAUAGUUAGCUCGCUAGCAAGUAGACAUGAGUACCGAAAUGGACCAUCGCCGAAGAAAACCUGGCACAAAACCUAACUAUCAAGCCAAUGGCGCACAGGGCCCCACCUCACAGAUUCCAGGGCUGUCAAACAGUGCCGACACAGCUCCUUUGGAGAAGAGCCGUGGACGUCGCGUCGGUGUAUUUGAGACAGAUUCAGAAUAUGUCAAACUUGCCAAACAAGGCGGGCAAAGGGGUUUAUUGUGGCAUGAGGAGACCAAUUUGGAGACCAAACCUAAUGCACAAUACAGGCCUCCUGAUUGGUUCUCUGCCUCAGACAAGGAACAAAAGUGCCCUUCUAAAGGAUCAACCCCGGAGCUUUUGACUCCUGAAGAGGACAAGGAAAGUCCAACUAAGGGGGCCAUACUGCGGGCCAGUGCUCCCUUUGGGAGUGAUAACAAAUCCACUUGGGAGCGGGAAGCUGAUAACUUUACUUCUGGUCAAGAUAAGAUCGUCAUGGCCGACCAUGCUGCGGAGCAGAUGAAGAAGAUGAGCCUGGCCUCUGGAAACGAUGAGGCAAACAAGUAUAAGAGAACGUCCCACGACAAGAAGGCAGCCCCUGUCAGCAUGUCUAAGUUGUUGAGCUUUGGCUAUGUAGAGGAGAAGUCCCCAAAAGAUGACGAUGACGAAUCAAGUGUUACAUCUGAUCCAGCGAGCUCCAUCGCACUUGAGGAGGACCUGGAGUAAAUUCGAGAAAAGGAUGCGCUGCCAAUCACUGCGUGCGUUCUCUCAUGCAACAUCCUGCUCACAUUCCUCUCUCCAGUUCGAAUUCCCCAUUGAGGAUUUUAUAUUUCAGUUCUGUUGGUUAUUUAUGUAAAUUCACUAGUUUUAUUAGUGUUUGAUGUAUUUUUUACUCAUUCUCAUUGUCAAGUAUUGUCAAGACACUUGAUAUUUGUAUGAACAUUCUCAGAUUUAAGGUGUAUCUUUAGCGAUAGCUGCUGUUCGUGUGGUAUUUAUGCUGUAAACUCACAAAAGAAGAGUACAAAAGAACGAUUUUCUCAAAGUGGUAUGAACAACUAACACCAAGGGCUUGUACUGGACUCAUUUGCUUAUGCACUUAAUCUUCGUAAGUAUUAUUGCACCUAUUGCUUUAAGCUGUGGGAAGGAACUGUUGUUAACCAGGACCAUGCAGCAGAGCUGGAUAUUGUUGCCAGCAGUGUUAUUGCCAAGAAGGUUCUCUUUCACAUAAUCCACAAGAACAAAGGGUCUGGCAGUUUUAAAUUCAAACGCAAUGCAAAAUGACAUCUGAUUUUCAAACUUGAGCCAGAUUCUCAAUUUCAGGCUCCAUUCUCUCUCCACUACUGUAUAGUGUAUAAGUGCAUGAUGGUCAGUUUAGGAUUUUGUGAUAUUUCAGUAACAACUUUAGCCUGAUUGUCAUUUUCCAUUUUCUUCUGUGAGACUGUUUAUAAAUGCUGUUCCAUUGUCAUUUUGAUAUUGUUUGGUAUGCAAGUUGAAGUUUUAAGGAUGUUCUACUUAAGAACAUCCUUGGUUUAAAAAAAAGAGAAAAAAGAGAAACAUGACAUUGCAUUUAUGUAUGGUCAUCUUACAUUUUGACCUUAAGUGAAGGUUACAAUUUGUUGUUGAUUGAAAUAUCUCAAACAAUAAACUUGCAUGGGCAUGUGA